AUGGAUAUGAAAGUAGAAAAAUUAAGUGAAGAUGAAAUUGCACUGUAUGAUAGACAGAUUCGUCUAUGGGGAAUGACAGCACAGGCCAAUAUGAGAUCAGCAAAAGUAUUGCUGAUCAAUCUUGGAGCAAUUGGUUCUGAAAUUACCAAAAGUAUCGUCCUUAGUGGUAUAGGGCAUUUAACCAUAUUGGAUGGACACAUGGUGACUGAAGAAGAUUUAGGAUCCCAGUUCUUCAUAGGCUCUGAAGAUGUUGGCCAAUGGAAGAUUGAUGCAACAAAAGAGAGAAUUCAAGACUUGAACCCCCGUAUAGAGUUGAACUUUGAUAAGCAGGAUUUGCAAGAAAAGGACGAAGAGUUCUUUCAGCAGUUUGAUUUAGUCGUGGCUACAGAAAUGCAGAUUGAUGAAGCAAUCAAAAUUAACACAUUAACUCGAAAACUAAACAUUCCAUUAUAUGUUGCUGGUUCUAAUGGAUUGUUCGCUUAUGUUUUUAUUGAUUUGAUUGAAUUCAUUUCAGAGGAUGAAAAAUUGCAAAGUGUAAGACCUACCACCGUUGGUCCCAUUUCAAGCAAUAGGAGCAUUAUAGAAGUUACUACUAGAAAAGAUGAAGAAGAUGAAAAAAAAACAUAUGAACGAAUCAAGACCAAGAACUGCUAUAGGCCACUGAACGAAGUUUUAAGCACAGCAACAUUAAAGGAAAAAAUGACGCAAAGACAGUUAAAAAGAGUCACUAGUAUCUUGCCGUUAACCCUGUCCUUAUUGCAAUAUGGUCUCAACCAAAAGGGCAAGGCCAUAAGCUUUGAACAAAUGAAAAGAGAUGCGGCCGUAUGGUGUGAAAAUCUGGGUGUACCAGCAACAGUGGUAAAGGACGAUUACAUACAACAGUUUAUCAAACAGAAAGGUAUCGAGUUUGCUCCUGUCGCGGCCAUUAUAGGGGGUGCUGUAGCGCAGGAUGUCAUUAACAUUCUAGGUAAAAGGCUAUCUCCAUUAAAUAAUUUCAUUGUUUUUGAUGGUAUUACAUUAGACAUGCCACUUUUUGAGUUUUAG